AUGGCCAUGAUCGACGUGGCACUCACAGGCAUCCCGUUGAGACUGAUCAACGGGACCCAGCUCCGAGGCAGCAGGUCGCACGGAGGCAUCACGCUCGCACUUGUUAGCCAGCUCCGCUCUUACCGGGACUGGGCGUCGAGGAACAGGAGCAUCCGGCACAAGUGCACACUGCGGAUGGGUGGCUUGGUCACACCUCUUCUACGCGCCGUCGGCUUUACACCUGACAGAGAGGACGAGGUCGCACCACCCGAAGGGCUCGAUCUCGAGUACCUGAGGAACAGCGUCUUCUUGCAGAAGACGUCAGACGCCAGCCGACUCCUGUACCAGUUACCCACGUUCAGCUCGGCGCUUCCCUCAUGUUGCUCCCCAGCCCCAGCUGGACGACGAUCAGAGGAGGGUCCAACAUCGAGUUCAACCCACCUCAGUCUGCUCUCUACACCGGAGAUCGACCGACCGCCAGAGACUACGCCACACCUCAGGCGACCACACACCGCGGCGAUCCGUCUCACGAGCUUGACACCACGCAGACGGACGAGCUCGAGCACUGCACUUCCGGUUACGCCACCACCGCCAGACAGACCGCCGGGUGAAGGCGGCUCACCAGCACAUAGGCAUUCUUCAGCGGUGGAACAAGGCGCAGGACAAGAUCACCAGCAAGCUCAAGAGCAAGGAGGUGUCCACAGGACCGCAGUCGGUCCACGCCAGGCGAUCCCCUCUGAGGACGACGACGAGCCAGACCACGACACCACCGGCGGACGACCACUACCUCCUGAGCCACCACGACACUCUUCCUUCGAGCCGCGACAGCAGCGGAAGAGGCGCUUGGAGAGCCGCAGACAGCGAGACCAUCAGGCGCAGGAGCUGACGCAGACUUGCCAUUCAGGCGAUGCAGCUCUACUCGAGGCCGACAGCGCCGACAGACCACACACCGCCGAGAGCUCCGCCGGACCAGUACGUGCCUUACACCACCGAGCGAGCUGCGCCUACCACCGUCCCUACUUACACGCAGGAGAGCAUGCAGGAGGAUCUCGACGACUUCAUCUACGGACGCCGCUGAUGCUCUCUCCUGACGCCACUCGACCGACCACCACCACUGUAUCAUUCCAUUUUCCCUUUUCUUUUUCUUUUAUUGAGUCUGUUUAA